GGACACCCUCUUCUUACUAUAAGAACCCCAUCACACUUCCACUUUCAUUUCAACCUAAGCCCACUUAUUUUCACCAACUACAAACCCAAUAUUUCUCUCUCUCUGCUAAGCUAAAGAAAGAAGAUGAAGAUGAGCAGUGCCACCAUGAGAGCUUCAAAGAGAAGGUUGCCAAGCAGAGGGCUAGGAGGUGUUCUUAAAGAGCAAAGGGCUAAACUCUACAUUAUAAGGAGAUGUGUGGUCAUGCUCCUUUGUUGGCAUGAUUAACUACUUUCCCUCUUAACCAUAGCAAUGAAGAAGAUGAAGAUCUUUCUAUCUCUUUUCUUUUUUCCUCCUUUUUUUGGUGGAUUGUAAAUAGAAGCGGCGGAUAAUUAAUAUUAUAGAUAUCCGAGAGUAGUUCAACAAUUUUUGUACCAGUUGGCCAUGUGGGCUAAAUAUGUAAACAAGAUAGCUUUGAAUUAAAACUUUUAUAUAUAUAUGAUUGCCCAUGUUCUUCA